AUGGCCUUUCAAGCCUCCUCACCCGACAACUGCUCCGAUUUGUUUUUCUUUUAUGGGAAGGAUUUAUUUUUAUACUCGUUAUUGCUUGCCUUCAUCGUUCAUUUCUUUCCCCAAUUUUGUCUCCAUUUUUCAACCUUUGGUAGUGUUUUCCCUCUCUCUCACACACACUCACAGACACGCACACGCAUACACACACACACACAAACGCCGACAUCUCUCUCUCUCUCUCUCUCUCUCUCUCUCUCUCUCUCUCUCUCAGUUUGCUACUUACACUUCUUUGUAAACUUCUUUCUCUCAGUGCAUUUCCAUUUCUUUUGGGGGUGCUUCUUUUCUUCCACCCCCGCUUUUCUUUCAUUGUUUAUACAUUUCAGUCAGCCGAUCCCCCGAUCCAGAUUGUUCUUCACUGAUCCCACCUUUUAUCUCUAUCCGCCCACACAAUCUAUUCCUAGAGUUCCUUCUUCUUCAGUUUGUUUGCAUGGGAGGUCCUGCUUGUAG